AGUGUGUAUCACAGCAAAUGACAAGAACUAUGUCUAUCAUGGAUGCAAGUCGUAAAAUGGCCACCAAGCAGCAGAAUUGGAGCCCUAACAAGCAGGAAAAAUUUGUCGGAUUAAAUCGGUUAAAAGCGCAGAUGUCAUCUCCAGAUAAAGAUGAUGCUGAAUUUGCCACUGAAGAAGAACUACAGACAUACCUGCUGUCAAUGUACAAUAAAGCUUUGGUGAACGACAGCGAUUGUCCACUUUCCCAACAUGCACACGCAAUUGUUGCAACUGCUGCAAACUUUAUUGAAAGGGGAAAAACAUUGGAUCAGGAGAGUUGUCUGAAGACGUUGCUCUGUGAAACCAUGUUGAAACCAAAGAGUAUAUUAGUGCAGCAGCCAGGCACUGGGUUGCUGGUGGAGUAUAGACUUCAAGCUCUGCUACGUCUUGAGCUUGCUGCUAUGAAGGUGGUGCAACCUAGCAGCAAGAGCAAUGAAGACACUGAUGGUGUGGUCAAAGAGUUUACAUCGUUCAUCAGAGCAUUGUGUUUCUGCAAUCCUGACUUCAAGCUUGCCAGUUUUCUGAAUGAUGAAGUUUUGCCGUGCUAUUUGUCAGCACUACCAGAGCUGUUGGUUGACAUUUAUGAUGACCUUGGGCAGCCACUUCCAAGUCAAUUGGCUGAGUAUGCUUCACCUAACAAGGUAGUGAAUAGUCAGAUUGAUGACGAGCCGAAGUCGAUAACAAGCAGUGUGGAUCCACUGUCAGCCAACAGCUUUCACUCUGCCUUUUCAUGGGAAAGCCAACCUAGAUCAAUGCCUACCACAAGGAGCAGAUCGUUUGUGAGAAACCCAAGUUUAAUGGAAAGCUCUCAACGGCAGAUUGCUAUUCCUCGUCGAGCUCACACCAACAAGGAGCGCAUGCGGAAAGACACAUUGAAGCAGAGGAGCAGCAGUCUAAGUGUAAUUGAGAAGAAAGGUGAUAGAAAAAACGAGAAGAAAGUACGUCGCAACCUGAUAGGUGAACUCGCAUCUGAAAUGAGAAAACCGAGUCCAAGGAAAAUGCCAAACGUAACACCUAAGAAAACACCUUGCAGAUCUUCAGGUGCGCAACACACAUUGAAGACACGAUUGGUGUCGGACACACCUCGACACAGGCAAGUUGGACGGGUCGUGUGGAACCGGCUUGAGAGGCAGCGCAAGAGAACCAACACUCUUCCAGAAGCUCUUGUUGUAGAAGAGUCUCCAGAGAAGCCAUUGCUUCAUGCGAGUCCUAAGAAAAUGGCAGUGCUAAAGUGUCACUCGUCCUUUUACUCGCAAUCAUCACGCUCUCGUAGCUGUACCAUAGCUGAACAGAGUGCAGUGGCAGAUGCAGCUAUGACAUUAUGCACAGAAGCAGGAGGCACGGGAAUACAAGAAUCGCCAAUGAAGACCAACAAGGAAUCACAAAAUGAAUCGGUAGUCGCUCAAGAUGCAAGAUGGCAACUGAGGCGCAAGUCUGCUGCUGACUUCCUGUUUACAAGUCUCAGUCCAACACGUAAGAGGAAGGCAAUAGGAGCGUCGCAUUCACGAAAGGGAAAAUCUUAUUACACGGAAGUGCUCCCAACGCGGAAUAGUUCAGUGCAACAGUCACAUCAGGAAAUUGUUCGUGUACGGGGAAAGCUGUUUGUAUCACCAGACAAAAAUAUGGGUUCUUUAGCCAGAGCAGAAUUGUUUGGUUCUUCCAAAUGUAAGCUGGAUUCCUCUAUUGUUGGCUCAUGUCCUGAUAAUGGGUUGAAGGAAAGCUCUGCUUUGGAUCCAGUAGGCCCAAUGCUGUAUCUCCUUACCCCUAGUAAAUGCACAAGGUCCAAAUCAAUUGUCAGCCCUAAAGAGAACCUGUCAUUACCACCCCGUUCUAGAAGCAUGGAAGGAUCAUCGCCAAUAUUAUCAAACAAUCGGAAUGUGUCAGUAGCAAAGUCAGAUAAAAUCAUCUCAGCAAGAGCUCGCUUAUUUUUUUCACCAUCAAAACUGCCGCACCUCGAAAAUACGCAGAUUGGUGAUAUUUCGGAUAGCACGGAUAGAGCUGUCUUCAAUGAUAUAUCAACAUUAGCUGCUGCCAGUUGGGAGCAACCGGUGCUAACAAGGCGCAGCAAAAGUCGACAGAAGGCAAUGUGUGAGAUUUCAACAAAGCAACUUCCGAGUCACAGCACAUCCCAUUCGAUUGCCAGUGAAACUGCAUUUUACACUGAUCAUGACUCUCCUCGUUCCUUUAUGAAUGCAGAAACCGAUUUCGAAGAUAUGCCUCACGUGACGCAUCGUUCUAGCAGAAUGCAUGAAAGUGUUAGUACUGACGAAGAGCAGUGCAGCACAGUGAACAGUGAAUAUCAAUCAUACUUGCUGCAGGCCAAAGUAGAUCAGACACCUGCAUGGAACAAGCAUGAAUCAAACACUGUAACACCUGAACGAAGAAAGAGUCUAUGUGGGGAAAACAAAACUCCAGAAACAUUGUCAGACCACUGGCCAAAACGCAAGCACCGCUGGACAACACCAACACCGAAGUCUCGUCCCUCUUCCGCAGAGGUUACUCCACAGAAAGUACUUUCCACAUCGUCGGGAUGCUGUGACCAGCCAUCUGACUCUUACAAAUGUCCAGUAUUGCGAGGUAGUGUCUCCAAAUCACCGAGAACACGAAAAACAACAAAAGACCAGGAAAAGGACUACAUGGGAAUAUCAUUCCCAAAAUUUGAAAACCUGGGAUAUGAUUUAAAAGAUGAAGAAUUUUCAUUGCUCCUCUGUGAUAAGAUCCUGUCACCAGGCAGAAGCAAGGCUACCUUAGCUGCAGAAAUGCAAACGGCUGUAACUAAUGCAUGUGUAGAGCAAGCUACUACUGAUAAGGAGGGCAAGGAAGACUCUAUUAUUAUGAGUAAAACUCAAAAGGCAGAAGCUCGCACAUACAGCGAUCACGUUAAACAAGGGGAUAGCAUAUUUGCAGAAAGCAAUGGAGUACAUGUCAGCAAGGUACCUACUAACACAUCACAAGUGUCAUCAAGUUCACAACGAAUUAGAAAAGUGUCUUUCAGCACAAAAUGCUCUGGGAGAAAGACAGCUGUACAGGCGCUGAUACCUAUGAGGUUCACACGCAAUCUUUCCAGGGAGACAAUGAUAACGCCAGCAGAAUACCACAUGCUCUCACUUCGCUCCCCGUGCAAAAACAGCAUGUCACAGGUGCUGUCUCCUUGCGCCAGCCUUGUUUCAACAUUAUCCCACGUGGGCUCUGGUGGAGUCAAGCGCUGCAGUGAUGACGCUGGCUUUGGAAGUCCAUGCACAAAACGCACACGAUGUCGUCGUGGCUCCGCUACCCGCCUGUCUAACAAUAGCAGCAUGCAGUCUCCACUGACUAGCAGUUCCCGUGACACUGAGGUAGAUGUGGCUGUUGAACAGGAUGACGUUUUUCUUUCGGAUUCUGUGUUAUCCUCACACUCCCCUCCAUUGCUAAGCAAAAUUGAGGCGAGGUCUUCCAUCAGUCGGCAUCAGAGCUGCAAUGAAGUGGUCAUUGAUACCCUGUCUGAAUCCCAGAUGAAGUGGCAAGCUGCAGAAACUCUUAAACCUGUAUGUGAAAUGCAGGUUUUGUCUUGUACACCACCUACUGGGUCCACAGUUACACCAAAAGCGUACUACAGUAAGUUUUCCUCGCCAUCGCAGCUAAGCGUGAGGCACCUAACUAGGUCUCCUAUGCUGUCAAACCUGAGAGGUCGAAAGCUACCGAGUGACACGUGAGAGUUGCUCCCAGAAGACCUGCAAGCUCAGUAAAGAGGAAAGCAGUUUGUGUGUGAAUUAAUGAAUUAUUUACUUUGUGGUUGCUGUGCUAUUAAUUGUUGCUAAUUAUUAUUGUAGAGCACAGCAAAUGUCAUUAUAUUUUAAGUGUGUAAGUAUUUUAUCUUAUGUGUAAAAAAUGUUCGGACCUGUUCACUCAUGAUUUGACAGAUUACAUUAUUUUAUAUUUUGCCAGAAAUAUCUAGAGUAUCACCCACGUGCCUGCAUACACACUUUUUAUCACUAAGUACUCUACAUGUAAAUAUGGUUAUACGGUCAGAGAUUAUUAAUUGAAAAUGCAAAGCAGGCUGCUCGGGUAAAAAGUUUUUCACCAAUCAUUCAAUGAGUGGGUUUUCAUCAUUAUACUUUAAAGCAUAACUAACCCCUUAAUCUUUAUAUAAUUGUUCUAGGCUACAGUAUACGAUACAACACACAGUGCUGGCGGUCUGGAAGAGCACUGGUUGUUGAUUUAGGUGGUGUGGGCUGUGCCCAUUAUUCUAUAUACGAUGCCGAUAUAAUUAGUAACCAUCUUAAAUUAGCUCAUCAAAACAAACCUCUCUGCAAGUGCGGCUAAAUGCAAUAAAUAGAUUUGCGACAUUUUCAUGCUUUUUG